AUGUCGCCCCCAACCCUUCCACCCGAACUCCUAACCAACAUCAUCUCUCACGUCGACGCCGACACCCUUCCAGCAACACGUCUCGUAUCUAAGCAGUUUCACACAAUCAGCACACCCUUCUUCGGACAAAAAUGUCUUUCCAGUCUGGCAUUUAUGUUCUCAGAACAUAGUUUGAGUCAUCUAGUGGAAUUGACAGAGAGUAAGUUGAUCAAGAGUGAGGAGGAGAGGAAGAUCGAUAGGCGCUGGGAGGAGUAUGAGAGGGAAGCUGAGGAAGAGGAGUUAAGAGGGGAGUUAGGAUUGCCGCCAGUAAGGGAGGCUGACGAAAUUGAGGACGAACGGGGGGAUGCGAUCCAGCCCGAGCUUAGACUGGAGGAGCUUUUGGGUGAGCGAAAACCUUCACCUGAGGAAAGACAUCGUCGCGAAGAAUUCAGAAACAACAUUCAAGAUGAACCGUCUGCAAACUCCACCACUACUACAACAGCCCACAAAGAUCGCAAACCCGAGAAUACACUCACCAAUCACGAAGUAGAAGAAGCAAACGUCGCUGCCGAAGCUCUGAUGACAUCUUACGACAAAUCAAAAGCCAUGACCAACUUUCUCAACUCUGAACGCUAUGUCGAACUCAUGAGCCAAGCCUUCAAAAACUUGAAAACCGCCAAUGUUCAAGUCUCUCUCGGCUUCUACGACGACACGCCACAAGUGAUCGGCCAGAACAAGGUCUUGUGGGCUCCAUAUAGAAAACCUCAUGGUUUCGACGAGGUUUAUGACGGUAGACUGAACCACCACGUCGAGUCUCCUAUGAUGCCGGAUUUGCGCAGGUUGAUGCCGGAUUUGGUCUACUGCAGUAUACUACAAGCCACUGGUCUCGCAGAUUUACUCCAUCAAGGCUCUCAUUCUCGACAUAGUCGAAGGUCGCUCUUGGCCCCUGACAUCACAAGGGGGUAUUCAGGUACCCCUCCGGAUAUGGGUCUUUGCCUGCGAGACAGUAAACCAAGGCUGGCAAAUAGGAGACCCAGAAGUUCCUCCGCCCCUCCGGGGAGGAAUAGACUGGAAAGUAAACCCAUAUCUCAGCGAUGGCUUCUUUACCCGCUUCCAAAUUGA